GAAGUUUGGGCAUGUUGGCAUGAGUUAUUGUCAUACUUAGAAAAGGCAAAUAAGUGGCUAAAUGAAGUAGAAUUGAAGCUUAAGACUACUGAAAAUAUUCCUGGUGGAGCUGAGGAAAUCUCCGAGGUGCUCAGUUCACUUGAAAAUUUGAUGCAACAUUCAGAGGAUAACCCAAAUCAGAUUCGCAUAUUGGCACAGACCCUAACAGAUGGCGGAGUCAUGGAUGAACUGAUCAAUGAAGAACUUGAGACAUUUAAUUCUCGUUGGAGAGAACUACAUGAAGAGGCUGUGAGGAGGCAAAAGUUGCUUGAACAGAGUAUCCAGUCUGCCCAGGAGAUUGAAAAAUCCUUACAGUUAAUUCAGGAGUCCCUCUCAUCAAUUGACAAGCAGUUGGCAGCUUAUAUCGCUGACAAAGUGGAUGCCGCUCAGAUGCCUCAGGAAGCCCAGAAAAUCCAAUCUGAUUUGACGAGUCAUGAGAUCAGUUUAGAAGAAAUGAAGAAACAUUACCAAGGAAAGGAAACUGCUCAACGGGUACUAUCCCAAAUUGAAGUGGCACAGAAAAAAAUGCAAGAUGUUUCCAUGAAAUUUCGAUUGUUCCAGAAGCCAGCCAAUUUUGAGCAGCGUCUACAGGAAAGUAAGAUGAUUUUAGAUGAAGUGAAGAUGCACUUGCCUGCACUGGAAACAAAGAGUGUUGAACAGGAAGUAGUACAGUCACAGUUAAACCAUUGUGUGAACUUGUAUAAAAGUCUGAGUGAAGUGAAGUCUGAAGUGGAGAUGGUGAUUAAAACUGGACGUCAAAUUGUACAGAAGAAGCAGACGGAAAACCCUAAAGAGCUUGAUGAAAGAGUAACGGCUUUGAAGUUGCAUUAUAAUGAGCUGGGAGCAAAGGUAACAGAAAGAAAGCAACAGUUGGAGAAAUGCUUGAAAUUGUCCCGUAAGAUGCGAAAGGAAAUGAAUGCCUUGACAGAAUGGCUGGCAGCUACAGAUAUGGAACUGACAAAGAGAUCAGCAGUUGAGGGAAUGCCUAGUAAUUUGGAUUCUGAAGUUGCCUGGGGAAAGGCUAUUCAGAAAGAGACUGAGAAACAGAAGGUUCACCUAAAGAGCAUUACAGAGCUAGGAGAGGUCUUGAAAACGGUUUUGGGCAAGAAGGAGACCUUGGUCGAAGAUAAACUGAGUCUUUUGAAUAGUAACUGGAUAGCCGUCACUUCUCGAGCAGAAGAGUGGCUAAACCUUUUGUUGGAAUACCAGAAACACAUGGAAACCUUUGACCAGAAUGUGGAUCAUAUCACAAAGUGGAUCAUUCAGGCUGAUGCAUUUCUGGAUGAAUCUGAGAAAAAGAAACCACAGCAAAAAGAAGACAUGCUAAAGCGUUUAAAGGCUGAACUGAAUGACAUACGCCCAAAGGUGGACUCCACGCGUGACCAAGCAGCAAACUUGAUGGCAAACCGCGGCGACCACUGCAGGAAAGUAAUAGAGCCCAAAAUCUCAGAGCUCAACCAUCGAUUUGCAGCCAUUUCUCACAGAAUUAAGACUGGAAAGGCCUCCAUUCCUUUGAAGGAAUUGGAGCAGUUUAACUCAGAUAUACAAAAAUUGCUUGAACCACUGGAGGCUGAAAUUCAGCAGGGGGUGAAUCUGAAAGAGGAAGACUUCAAUAAAGAUAUGAGUGAAGACAAUGAGGGUACUGUAAAAGAAUUGUUGCAAAGAGGAGACAACUUACAACAAAGAAUCACAGAUGAGAGAAAGCGAGAGGAAAUAAAGAUAAAACAGCAGCUGUUACAGACAAAACAUAAUGCUCUCAAGGAUUUGAGGUCUCAAAGAAGAAAAAAGGCUCUAGAAAUUUCUCACCAGUGGUAUCAGUACAAGAGGCAGGCUGAUGAUCUCCUGAAAUGCUUGGAUGACAUUGAAAAAAAAUUAGCCAGCCUACCUGAACCCAGAGAUGAAAGGAAAAUAAAGGAAAUUGAUCGUGAGUUGCAGAAGAAGAAAGAGGAGCUGAAUGCAGUGCAUAGGCAAGCUGAGGGCUUGUCUGAGGAUGGGGCAGCAAUGGCAGUGGAGUCAACUCAGAUCCAGCUCAGCAAGCGCUGGCGGGAAAUUGAGAGCAAAUUUGCUCAGUUUCGAAGACUCAACUUUGCACAAAUUCACACUGUCCGUGAAGAAUCAGUGACGGUGAUGACUGAAGAUAUGCCUUUGGAAAUUUCUUAUGUGCCUUCUACUUACCUGACUGAGAUUACUCACGUCCUACAAGCCCUUUCAGAAGUGGAACAACUUCUCAAUGCUCCCGACCUCUGUGCUAAAGAUUUUCAAGAUCUCUUCAAACAAGAGGAAUCUCUGAAGGUAAAACCAAAGCACUUCCAUUCAGAUUUUUACAAGGUCAUUACAUUGAUCAUUACUGGACCAGAAUAUUUGACUUAAAUAUGUAUACUGAAGGCAUUUUGAGUUACCAUAUGG